GAAAGGAUGCUGGAAAAAUAAACGCGCGGUCGUAUGAGGUUCAGGCAACAUGGCUGCGCUGAAAAGAAGAUUCACAAUAGACGAUAAACGGAGGAUUCUUGAGCUGUAUGACCAGCUUCCUCGGAUGAGCCAAAGAAAGGCAGCAAAACGACUGAACAUCGCUCCGUCUAUGCUUUGGACGAUCCUCCAUAACAGGAACUGCAUAAUAAAAGGCGAGAUCAUUAAACGUGAAAAGAAUAAGUGGGUGGGCUGCGGCAGGUCGCCGAGACUCGAGGCGAAUAUCUGGAAAUGGAUCGAUCACUGUAGGCAGAGCGGAGCCCCUGUAACUGAUCUCAUGAUUCACCGGAAAUCAAUGGACAUCGCGGCGCGUAUGGGUAUAGUUAGUUUCAGGCCGAGCCCGAGGUGGUACAGCGGCUUUAAGAAACGAGAGGCACUCGUGCGCGAGAGGUAUCGCAUCUAUCCGGAACUGGAUCUAAACAAUCAUCCAGAUCAGCUCGGAUCUCCCAACGUACCGUGCUCUGCUUCUCCACCUGCUGAUGUUGAGACUCCGCAGGAACACAGCGUGCACGAAACCCAAGAAGAAAAUGUUACAGUUCGCGAGCCAGAACAGGACAAACAACUUCCUGUCCAAAGCAGCCCCACGGUCCUGGUCGGCAAAGUGAACGGCGACAUGCAGACAGUCACUGUGCCCUCACUGCUCCAAAUGCAGGACGCUAUGAAGACUUUAGCCACGGGCUUGUUAUAUCGAGGCUUUUGCGACUUUAAUCUCCUUCAUCAGUUUGAGAAAGAAGUUGCAAACGUUGUGAAGAGAUCAAUGGCCCAAGGCUGCCAUGAUAGUUUUGUAGCCUGAGUGCUGAGUCUGUUCCCUACAAAUCUAGUGUGCAUUGUUUAUACUCAGUGCCUUAGAUGGCGUAUUAUCUGAGCACUAUCCUGUUGAAGUGCAUUGUGGGAUUACACUAACACACUGGAUAUACUUCAGUGUUUUUGGACAAGACGGAGAGACUUAACAAAUAUUGCACUAUACAGUUAAUAGGGUUUGGAAACCCGUUGGAGUUGACUGACAGUGUUGGCACCAGUGGCGUUAGUUUGGAGUUCACGUAUUAAUUAGUCGGCCUAGUUUGGCUGCUUAAGCUGUCUCUAAUGAGUUUUCCAAAUAUAUGCUGUUGUUUACAGUGAUGGAAAAUUGAAUGCCUACUUUAUGAUGUAUUUUAUGGCUAAUGUUUCAAACAUCAGAGGCACACUGCUACCAAAAAGCCUAUAUUAGGUGGAUUUCUCUUUUCUUUCUAUUUUUCUUUCUUUUUUUUUUCUUUCUUUUUUGUUUUGUUUAGGACUGCAUUCCAUGGACAAAAUCUCACUCUGCUGUUAUAUAGCUAUAUCCUGUGAUUGCAUUAUGCCUUGCAGUCUAUUAAAACACACUUGUCAGUCCUUGA